AGUGACCCCGAGGCCGUGCGACCUGUGCUCCAAGUCCCGGACGCCCGUCCCGGUGCCGAGGGCAGCACAGUUUCUCGCCCGCGCCGCGCUCGCCGCCGCUGCCGCCCUGAACGAUGGUGCCCCGCCUGCUGCUGCGCGCCUGGUCCCGAGCCCCUGCGCUCGGCCGGGCAGCGCCCUGUCGGCUCCUAAGCGCCGGCUCCGGACCCGGCCAGUACCUGCAGCACAGCAUCGUGCCCACCAUGCACUACCAGGACAGCCUGCCCAGGCUGCCUAUUCCCAAACUUGAAGACACCAUUCGGAGGUACCUUAGCGCGCAGAAGCCUCUCCUGAAUGAUGAGCAAUUCAGGAAAACAGAACAAUUUUGUAAGAGUUUUGAAAAUGGCAUUGGAAAGGAACUGCAUAUGCAGCUUGUUGCUCAGGACAAGCAGAAUAAACAUACAAGCUACAUUUCAGGGCCCUGGUUUGAUAUGUAUUUAACUGCUCGAGACUCCAUUGUUUUGAACUUUAAUCCAUUUAUGGCAUUCAAUCCUGAUCCCAAAUCUGAAUACAAUGACCAGCUAACCCGGGCAACCAACAUGGUUGUUUCUGCCCUACGGUUUCUCAAGACACUGCGAGCUGGCCUUCUGGAGCCAGAGGUGUUCCACUUGAACCCUGCCAAAAGUGACACCAAUACCUUUAAGAGACUCAUCCGCUUCGUGCCUUCCUCUCUGUCCUGGUAUGGGGCCUACUUGGUCAACGCAUAUCCCCUAGAUAUGUCCCAGUAUUUUCGGCUUUUCAAUUCGACUCGUUUACCCAAACCCAGUCGGGAUGAACUGUUUACUGACGACAAGGCCAGACAUCUGCUGGUCCUAAGAAAAGGACAUUUCUAUGUCUUUGAUGUUCUGGAUCGAGAUGGGAACAUUGUGAGCCCCUCAGAAAUCCAGGCUCAUCUGAAGUACAUUCUCACAGACAACAGCCCUGCGCCUGAGUUUCCUCUGACCUUCCUGACCAGUGAGAAACGGGACAUAUGGGCAGAGCUCAGGCAGAAGCUGGUGCACGGCGGCAAUGAGGAGACCCUGCGCAAGGUGGACUCUGCUGUGUUCUGCCUCUGCCUAGAUGACUUCCCCAUUAAGGACCUUGUCCACUUGUCUCACACCAUGCUGCACGGUGAUGGCAUGAACCGCUGGUUUGACAAAUCCUUUAAUCUCAUUGUGGCCCAGGAUGGCUCUGCUGCAGUCCACUUUGAGCAUGCAUGGGGUGAUGGUGUGGCAGUGCUCAGGUUUUUCAACGAAGUGUUUAAAGAUAGCACUCAGACCCCUGCUAUCACUCCCCAAAACCAGCCAGCCACCACGAAUUCUUCUGCAUCUGUGCAGAAACUCAGCUUCAAGCUGAAUGAUGCCUUAAAGGCGGGCAUCACUGCUGCUAAGGAAAAGUUUAAUGCCACCAUGAAAACCCUAACCAUUGACUGUGUCCAGUUUCAGAGAGCAGGCAAAGAAUUCUUGAAGAAGCAGAAGUUGAGCCCGGAUGCAGUGGCUCAGCUGGCCUUCCAGAUGGCUUUCCUGCGACAAUAUGGGCAGACAGUGGCUACCUACGAGUCCUGCAGCACUGCAGCCUUCAAGCAUGGGCGCACUGAGACCAUCCGGCCAGCCUCCAUCUUCACAAAGAGAUGCUCUGAGGCCUUUGUCAGGGAGCCCUCCAAGCACAGCACUGGCGAGCUCCAACAGAUGGUGGCCGAGUGCUCCAAGUACCAUGGCCAGCUGACCAAAGAGGCAGCAAUGGGACAGGGCUUUGACCGACACUUGUUUGCCCUGCGAUACCUGGCAACAGCAAAAGGGGUUGCCCUGCCUGAGCUCUACCUAGACUCUGCAUAUGGGCAGAUAAACCACAACAUCCUGUCCACCAGCACGCUGAGCAGCCCUGCAGUGAGCCUUGGGGGCUUUGCCCCUGUGGUCUCUGAUGGCUUUGGCAUUGGCUAUGCUGUUCAUGACAAUUGGAUAGGCUGCAAUGUCUCUUCCUACCCGGGACGCAACGCCCGGGAGUUUCUGCAGUGUGUUGAGAAGUCCUUAGAAGACAUGUUUGAUGUCUUUGAAGGCAAAUCCAUCAAAACUUAGCUUGCAGGUGGGUGAACAGCUUUUGUUGCUUCCUCUUGCAAAAAUGGUAUUCUGCGCAACCAUUAGGUGCUAUUCUGUGCUUAAAUUAAUCAUGGGUGCCUAAGCAGGCAAUGCCUGAGCUGCAAGAUCAGGGUUUUAAAACUAAACAUGUCAGCCAGGCAUGGUGGUGUAUACCUGUAAUCCUAACACUCAGGAGGCUGAGGCAGGAGGACUGCUUUGAGUUCAA